UAGGAGCUUUUCUUGAUCUAGCGCUUGCUUACUUCCUUCUCUGGGUUACAACAUUUUCUUUUUGUAUGAUGAAAUUCUUCGACUUUUUUGGGGUUUUCUUGCCAUGUCCAUGUACUGGGGUUCUGGGUUAUCAAAAUAGCAAUCUGUGCUGGUAUGAGCUGCUUUUUGAGUGGCCAACAAGAAAGAUCUGUGCUGUUUUAAUUAUGGUGUGUGGUAGGUUUCCUUUUGAACUGAUUUGGUUAAGGGAUCGAGAGGGCAAUUCAAUUAUGAAGUCUUUAACUGAUUGGAGAAUGGAGAAUGGGGUUCUUGAAUCAGAUGGUGGAGGGUGUUCUAAUUCGUCUUCCUGUUUGAGAUUGCAAACUUUGGUUGAUAAGGGAAUUGAGUGUGAUGCCAAGGGAAAGAAAAUUAUGAACCAAAAGCAGAAGUCUGGAAUUCGGCGACGAAGAAGAGCUGCUCUGGGAUAUGGAAAAUCCUCAUCUGCUUUGCCUUACAAUUGUGGUGAAAUGAGAAGCAUAACUAGUGCAAGUUCUGGUCCUGUAACUGAAAUAGAAGAUGGUUUUCCUGAUGAUAAUGAUGCUCAAACAGGCACUGAAGUGGGUGAGAGUGUCUGUCAUCGUUUUCAACUUUAUGGAUCAUGUGGGGAGGAUAAUAAAUUGGAAAAGGAUUCAUCUUCUGUUAAAAGAUUUAUCAGUAACAUGCAAGAGAAGGUGGAGAUUGCUGCUAAUGAAGCGGAUCGGAUCAGAAUGUUGGAAAAUUCUCUUCAAGAAGUGAAAGCUGCCCAUGAUGCAAUCUUUCUAGAGUUAGAGAAAGAAAGGUCUGCUGCUGCAACUGCUGCUGAUGAAGCCAUGGCAAUGAUGGUGCGUAUACAAGAGGAUAGGGCAUUGAUAGAAAUGGAAGCAAGGCAGUAUCAGAGGAUGAUAGAAGAAAAAAUUGCUUACGAUGAAGAAGAGAUGAGCAUUCUGAAAGAGAUUCUUGUUAGGAAAGAGAAGGAAAAUCAUCUUUUGGAGAAAGAAGUUGAAGCCUAUAGGCAGAUGAAUGUUUUAGGGGAUGAGGAUUCACCUCCAAAUCUGCAUCAGAUAAGGAGUGUUGGAUCCUUUGACAAAGAGGAAGUGAGUGAAGUUGCAAGUUUGUCACCAAAUCAUAACGCUCCUGCUUGGAAACAAAACUAUACUUCUCUUGUUGGAAAAGAAAUAGCAUCAAUGAAUCAGAGUGUAGAUUCUAAUUUGUUCACUUCACAAAGACUGGGGCAGAUUUGUGGGGCAAGUUCAAACCAAGGUAGCUUCUCUCACUGUGAACACAGUACACCCAAGAAGUAUGUUGUUAUAGAAGGAAAAACAGAUGCAGAUGCAGAAGAUGAAUGUAGCAUGUUAUGCCAAAGAUUUCCAACUAAGGUGAUCCAGGGUCAUGGCACCGAAAAAAGUGUCUUUAGUGGGGAAGAGCUGCAGGGAGAUGGGGAACCCAGAGACCAACCAUGCCGCAAACUGAAAAAUUCUACACCUGAUAUGGAACCAACUAUUUUUGAUGUUCAUGUCAUUGAUGACCAAAUUGAACUUCAGAAGGAAGAGAGUGUAAGAGAAAGUGGACUAUUGACUUCUGCUUCAGAUGAAAGAACCUUGCUCUCUGACUCAGGCAGGGAUUUUUGUUUUGCAGUCAGGAAUGAAAGGUUGACAAUUGACACUGAAAUGGAAUGGCUGAGGGAAAGGCUCCAAAGUGUGCAAGAGCAAAAGGAGAAGUUGCCUUGCUGUGCAGAUCGGGAGGAAUGGGUUUAUGCUCAAUUGAAACUCAUGGAAGAGAUAAUGAAUGAGCUUCAUGAGAGCUUCAGCUGCUAAGGGAACCUGUUCAACAGGGUUCUUUACCUCCGUCUUCAUCUUCUAAGGCAAGUUCAAAUAAAAGACGCCGCCAAAGCAUGCCUGAUAGCACGGAAGUCAUGUACAGUCAGCAUCAGGUUCACAACUCUGUAUUUGCUUCAGGUUUAGAAUUUUGUUGAUAAAUUUUGUAGGGUACAGUAGAGGUAGUUGCCUGUGAUUAUCUAAUGUUGUUGGGAGUUUCUUGUUCUCUGUCUUCCUUUUCAACAUUUAAGUUGAAAUCAAUUGGAAGGUCGCUUCAGUCAAAGUUGUUGCAAAGCAUUGGCUCCUAUAUGGUAUACUACAUGCCAUCAUUCUCGUGGAGGGGUGGGUUUUUUUUUUU